UUCUCUUUUAUUGGCUAGGCUUUAUUCUUAUUGAAUAUUCCUGUUUCCAAGUUUACCCGCCAGAGACCGUUGUCUUUAAUACAGUGUGUUAUAACAAUAAAAAUUUGCAGUAUGUCAUAUAUAUUUGGUUUAUAAAUGGCAUAAGUUUGUUGAGCAUAGAUUGAUCUGAGAUAAACCAACCCUUUCAUAUUAUUUCAUACUUCUCUGGUUUUGAGAAACAGAGACAAAAUGGAUUUCCCACUACUUACUGCUCCACUGUUUCUUUUACUGUGCCUUAUCUUUGUUCUGCAUGAUCACACAACCACAACAAUGGUGGAGGCCAGGACUAACAAUGUUCACAUUGUUUAUAUGGGAGAAAAGCAGCACGAGGAUCCUGAUUUGACCACUGAUUCACAUCAUAACUUGCUUGCCAAAAUAGUUGGAAGUAAAGAGAAAGCUUCAGAAUUGAUGGUAUACAGUUACAGACAUGGCUUCUCUGGUUUUGCUGCUAAGCUCACUGAGUCUCAGGCUCAAGAUAUUGCUGAGCUGCCGGGUGUUAUUCGAGUCAUACCAAAUAGCCUCCACAGGCUGCAAACAACGAGGACUUGGGACUCUCUUAACCUCUCUACUACUCAUCGAGCUCCUUCUAAUCUUCUUCACAAAAGCAACAAUGGCGAUGGAGUUAUUAUAGGCAUAUUCGACACAGGAAUAUGGCCAGAGUCUAAAUCCUUCAGCGAAAAUGGGCUCGGCCCAGUUCCGUCUCGCUGGAAAGGGGUCUGCGAGUCCGGCGACAGCUUUGACCCCACAAAGCACUGCAACCGAAAAAUCAUCGGAGCACGGUGGUUUGUAAAUGGGUUCUUGGCCGAGUACGGUAAGCCCCUAAACACAUCAGGGCAGAACGAGUACUUGUCUGCCAGAGACGCAAAUGGGCACGGCACGCACACGGCCAGUACGGCCGCCGGUUCGUUUGUGGGCAAUGUCAGCUACAAAGGCCUUGCCAACGGCACGGCACGCGGUGGUGCUUCGAACGCACGCGUGGCCGUAUACAAGGUGUGCUGGAACUUUUUCGGCGGGCAGUGUUCGUCUGCGGAUAUACUCAAAGGCUUUGAUGAAGCCAUACACGACGGAGUGGAUGUGUUGUCGCUCUCGAUUGGGUUUUGGAUUCCUAUGUUUUCUGAUGUGGAUGAACGAGACGGCAUCUCAACUGGGUCGUUUCACGCUGUGGCGAGGGGGAUUAGCGUCGUUUGUGGAUCUGGGAACGAUGGUCCUUCAGCUCAGACUGUUCAGAACACUGCUCCUUGGAUUUUGACCGUGGCGGCAAACUCCAUAGAUCGAGCGUUUGUUACUUCUAUUACUCUUGGAAACAAUAAAACAUUAGCGGGACAAGCUAUCUAUAACGGAAGGGAGAUUGGUUUGACUGGCUUAUUAUAUCCAGAGUCAAACGGGCUUGAUCCUACUGCAUCAGGAGUUUGUCAAGCUCUUCAACUAAAUCAGACCAAGGUUGCUGGACAAGUGGUGCUCUGCUUCACCUCAAUGACUCGAAGAGCUGCUAUAACAAGUGCAGUAGCCGCUGUGAAAGCAGCCGGUGGAGUUGGUCUUAUUGUAGCCAAGCAUCCAAGCAGUGGCUUAUACCCAUGUCCUGGUGAUUUCCCUUGUAUUGAAGUUGAUUAUGAGAUUGGCACCAAAAUCCUCUUUUACAUUCGGUCUACCAGAACUCCUCUUGUAAAGUUGAGCCCUUCCAAAACAGUUGUUGGAAGACCUUUAUCAGCUCAAGUGGCCCAUUUUUCAUCAAGGGGACCUAACUCCAUUGAACCUGCAAUCCUUAAGCCAGAUAUAACUGCGCCUGGUGUGAACGUCUUAGCUGCAACUUCUCCUCAUGACCGAUUUGCGGAUGGGGAAUUCGUCAUGCACUCGGGAACUUCCAUGUCAACUCCUCACAUUUCAGGAAUUGUAGCUCUUCUAAAAGCACUGCAUCCCACUUGGUCUCCUGCUGCCAUUAAAUCAGCACUUGUCACAACUGCAUGGAGGACUAGUCCAUCUGGUUCACCAAUAUUUGCAGAAGGGUCGCCCCCAAAACUGGCUGAUCCAUUCGACUAUGGAGGAGGCAUUGUAAAUCCAAACGUAGCAGCUGAUCCAGGACUAGUGUACGAUAUGGGCACGGCUGAUUACGUUCAUUAUCUCUGUGCAAUGCAUUAUAACAACUCUGCUAUAUCUCGGCUCACAGGGAAUGUAAAAAACUGUCCAAUUCAAAAAUUGUCUGUUCUAGAUGUUAACUUACCUUCUAUUAUCAUACCAAGCAUUAGGAGUACUUCCAUUACAGUAACACGAACAGUCACAAAUGUUGGAGCUCAAAACUCCACUUAUAGACCAACAAUUGAGCCUCCAUCUGGUAUAGCUGUGUCAGUAAGACCUGAUGUCUUGACAUUCAACUCUACGGUUAAGAAGGUCUCCUUCAAGGUCACAUUCUCCACAACUCUCCAAAUGAAUACUCAGUACUUGUUUGGGAGCUUAACUUGGUCAGAUAGAGUGCAUUUUGUGAGGAUUCCUUUGGCUGUGAGAACAGAGAUGUUUCAGCCUUAUGGUGACGAGUACUGAGGCCACUUAUUAAGCUACUACGGAAUGUUGGUAAUACUAUAUAUCUUGUUGGUCAAUAAAUUUGUUAUUAUUUCCUCACCUACCUGUUUCUCUAUUAAUUUCUUGGUGUAAAUAUUCUUUAGAACUACCUUUUUGAAGGGAGUUUAUUUGUAUUUCUUAAUAAAAUCUCUCUCCUAUUGGAGGUUUUGGAGGAAAAAAAAGACUGAUCUAUAAUCAUGGUUGAAUUUAGUUUGAGAACAGUUA